AGAAACAGUGCAAUUUUAACCGCAAUGAGUAAACAAAAAUUCAAACCUGAAUCUGAAUUAUAAUAAGUGAACAAAAAUUCGAAUUUGAUAUGAAUCAAGAGCCGAGUACUAAAAAGAAGAAGGCCGAAGAAGAGCAGGAAGUUUGGAAAUGGUGGGAGGAGGAGAAGAAAGAUAAUGGUGUCAAAUGGACAUUCUUGGAACACAAGGGGCCCGUAUUUCCCCCAGAUUAUGAGAGACUACCAAAGAAUGUCAAAUUCUACUAUGAUGGAAAAGAAGUGGAAUUAUCAGAAGAAGCUGAAGAAGUUGCAGGAUUCUAUGCAAAGAUGUUGGAUCAUGACUACACCACCAAAGAAAUAUUUAACAAAAACUUUUUUAAAGACUGGAGAAAGGUAAUGACAGAUGAUGAACGUGCUCUUAUAACUGACCUGAAAAAGUGCAAUUUUAAAAAGAUGCAUGCCUAUUUUAUGGAUGCAGCAGAAAACAAUAGGAACAGAUCCGAGGAAGAGAAAAAGGCCUUGAAGGAAAAGAAUGAGGCUAUAGUAAAAGAGUAUGGUACUUGUGUUAUUGAUGGGCACAAGGAAAAGAUUGCUAACUUUAGGCUGGAACCUCCUAGUCUUUUCAGAGGUCGAGGUGAGCAUCCUAAGAUGGGCAAACUGAAGAGACGACUCAAUGCUGAAGAUAUCAUAAUUAACUGUAGUAAGGACUCCAAAAUACCGGAACCUCCUCCUGGACAUAAGUGGAAGGAAGUCCGUCAUGUAAAUACUGUCACAUGGUUGGUUUCUUGGACAGAAAAUGUACAAAAUCAAGUCAGAUACAUUAUAUUGAAUCCUAGUUCCAAGCUGAAGGGAGAAAAGGAUUGGCAAAAGUAUGAGACAGCACGGAGAUUGCAUAAAUCUAUAAAUAAGAUUCGAAAUGAGUAUCAACAGGACUGGAAAUCAAAGGAAAUGAAAGUGAGACAGAGAGCUGUAGCUUUGUACUUCAUUGAUAAGCUAGCCCUCAGAGCUGGUAAUAAAAAGAAUGAAGAUCAAGCUGAUACAGUUGGUUGUUGUUCUUUGAGAGUAGAGCACAUAGAGCUUCACGAGCAAAAAGAUGAUAAGGAAUUUGUUGUAGUGUUUGAUUUUUUUGGUAAAGAUUCCAUUAGGUAUUAUAAUGAAGUACCAGUGGAAAAACAGGUGUUCAAAAACUUGGGUCGGUUUAUGGAAAACAAAAAACCUGGUGAUAAUCUCUUUGACAGACUUAAUACAUCAAUUAUGAACAAACAUCUGAAUGAACUUAUGGAGGGUCUUACUGUUAAGGUAUUCCGUACAUACAAUGCUUCAUUUACACUGCAACAACAAUUAGAUCUAUUAACAAACGAAGAUGAUUCAGAAGCUGAAAAAAUUUUGGCCUACAAUCGAGCCAAUAGGGCAGUUGCUAUUCUGUGUAACCAUCAGCGGUCCGUGCCGAAAGGUCACGAAAAAUCUAUGGAGAAAUUAAGAGAGAAGAUCGUUCAAAAACGGGAGGCCAUACACGAUGCAGAGAGACAGGUAAAAGAGGCCAUCAGAGAAGCGAAUUACGGCGGCGUCAAAGAAAAAGUAGUCGCCGACAAAAAGAAGAAGCUCCUCCAACGUCUUAAGGACCAACUCGCGAAACUCGAGAUCCAAGAAACCGACAGAGAUGAAAACAAAACCAUCGUAUUGGGUUCCUCGAAGCUGAACUAUCUCGAUCCAAGGAUUAUUGUUGCGUGGUGCAAAAAGUACGACGUUCCUAUCGAAAAGAUUUACAGUAAAACCCAAAGGGAUAAAUUUAGAUGGGCCAUCGAUAUGGCAGGACCGGAUUACCGGUUUUGUUAGGAUUUUUGUUCUUUUUUCGAAAGAGUGUUUAGUAGACUUUAAAACUGGAAGGAUCAGAAAAAUGUAUUAAGAUCUAUCAUGGCGUAUUUGCUUUAAUAUAUACAAGGUGGUACAUAGGACACUGGACAACAUAUUUUAGUCAGUGGUAUAAUUUUUAUUAAUUUUCAACGAUUGAAAAUGAAAAAACAGAGACAUCUAUGUAUGGUAGCUGUAUGUUAGUGUUAUUGAUUUGGCACAUGGUCGUGCUUGUUUAAAAUCUUUAAUUUGGCUUUUUUGUAAUUACAACUCCAUUUGUACAAAAUUAAUGCUUCAUACUAUAAUAAUUUUUAUUAUGUCAUUAACACAGUAUAGUGUGUAUCUUGUUCACACCCCUUCGAUCUAUUGUUUUUAAACAUAAAACUUAAAAUAUCUUUCUGAUAAUGAACUAAGCCACCUGUACAAUGUUUUAGUGAAAUUCUUCUUCUUGCUGUGCCUAUCCGUUCCGGAUGUUGGCGAUUAACUUGGCUAUCCUUAUUUUGCUGGCAGCUAUUUAGAAUUUUAAACCAUUUUUUCAAUUUCUGGAGCAAUAUACAACUAGUCCUGAAGAACAAGUUGUAACAAGCCAUAUCUCUGCUUAUUUCUCAUGUUGUGGGCCAUUAUAAGGGCCCAUAACUCUUUUAUGGUCUUCAUUCCAUAACUGGUAGGAUACAACUUAUUCCUUUUUUUUUUUAGAUUUAUCUGUAUCUUUUUUUUUCAACACAACACUGAGUCCUACUGCUGCCCAAGUUAUUCAGAUUCUUCUAGUGAUUUCUGCCGUUUGAUUCUGUUUGCCUAGUUUGAUCGCGUGAUCUAGGUAUAUAUACUCUUCGAUACUUUAAUUCCUACUUCCAUCCAAGUCUACUGUGAUAUAUUGAUUUGACAUCACUUUCAUUUUAUUUAAAUUCAUUUUUUAACCAAUUUUCGCAGAUUCUAGUUCAAGGUCUAUUUAACAUGUAGAGUAGUUUGUAUUGUUGCUUAAUAUCAGCAAAUCUUAGAUAACUUAAAAAUCUGCAUUCGAUUUUAAUUCCAUACACCAUUUAAAAGCUCUCAAUAUGUUCUAGAUUUUUGUGCGAUUAUGUCAAACAAAACUCGUCAGUAGUGUUAUAAAAAUGGCUACUGUUCACCAUUCAAGUAAUCAGGCAAUAAAAAACAGAAUAAAAAUAUUGUACAGAUUUUUUUAGUUCAGUUAUAUAAGAUUUUGUUAAUUUUUGUUUUGUUCGAGAAAAUAGUUAAGUAGGGGGGCAGACACUCACUAAUAACUAUUGUCGAAUAAAUAGACUAAGACAUAAAUUAUUGAUGAACUUGAAACAUUUAAAAGAUUAUUUGUCUUGUUUGUGUUUCUGAAAAUGACUUGGUUUUAAAGAGUGACAGGCCCGAUAGGGCGAAGCCUACAUAGAAAUAGGUAAUGAUAGUCAUCAGUUUUGCAUGAAAACCACAAAUUAAAAAUGGUUGGACGUUUACAGAUUGUACCAAAUUAUAGAGACAAUAUAAAUGAUAUAUUUUAAAAAGUAUGACACUAUUAAUUUUUUUCUAUAAUAAUUGUUAAUAUUCUAAAUUUAUUUUAUGUAUAUUUGUUUGCAGUAUGCCAUAUAAAAACUCAAAAAGUUAAAAAAUCUCAGUUUAGUAAAAUGAUGGCAUUCUAAAGCAAAUAAAGCGCUGACAGUUGAUGAACUAGAGAUAAAAUUUCCUAAAAAUUAUGAAGUCACAUCUAAAUUCUCUGAAAAGAAUAUGCUUCCACAAUAACUGUAUAUUUCGAAUCUUCAGUUUUAUCAUUUAUGAUUUUAUAUUGUUUCUACAGUCUGGGCGUUUUGUAUCAUUUAAUCAUUUGUUCAGCAUGAUGCAACAUAUUUAUGUACGGGUGAUCACGAAAACUCCCACUUGUGCAAUUAUUUAUUGGAGGUAAUAGUAUAUAAUUGGUUUAUGCAUGAAACUUUAAAAUGUAGAUAUUUUUAUUUUAUUUCUUUGUGCCUACCAUUUUCUUGAUCAUCAGUACACAUACUACCACCAGAGCAUUAUUUUUCCAAUCUUUCGGUGAUGAAAAUAUAUUUUUUCUGAUUCUUCCUGUAUAAUUAUUUUUCCACCCACCAGGUAUCAGUAUCACGGACUUUAUUACUAAAUUCGAAUUGUCAUCCGCUUGUCGAAGUGGGACAAUCUGUACACCAAUUAUUUUUAAGAUUAAAUUAUUAAAUUAGUGACUUUUAAAUAUUUACUUAGUGAAUUUCUUUUAUUUUUGUGAAUGUACGUCAUUUGAGGUAUUAAAUAUCUAUGUACAGAUAAUGUAGAAUUAUUUUACGUUGGGAUUGUCAGGUAGUUGUAAAUAAAUAACAAUAAUAAUAACAUUUUAAGUAAUGGUUC